AAAAAAAAAAUGAUUAAAACAAAUCAUACAAUCAAAAUGAGGAAAUUGCAUCAGACUGGAACAAGUCCUGGGAGUCAACGAAGCCUGUAAAAGAAGUAGAUGUUAAGUAUGAUUUAAUUCAACCCACAGCUAAUGAGGAAAAACAACCAUGGAAUAAUUCUUGGAUGCACUUUAAAAAGCAGCGUCAUAUGAAAUCUAAAGCUACAGGCAAUUCAGCUUGGAGUGAAUCUUGGAGAGUUGCGAAAACCAUAUCAGAAAAGGAGACUAAAUCAAUCCAAUCUCAAGCAAUGGAGCCCGAGGAGCUGCAUCCCGACAUCUGCAACGUGAUAAUGAAUGUGUCUAAAGAGAUGAAGCACACAAUUCCAUGGAGCUCUCAGUUCGGUGGGAGGGAGGCACAGCUGUCUGAAUGGGAAAAAUCAUGGAAGACCAUAAAAAAUCUGUCAGAGUAUAAAGAAGAGAUAAAUAAAGGGGAUUCUUGGAAGAUGAUGAAACGUCAUCGUAGAGAAGAAAGGGCCUUGAGGAACUGGAAAAGACCACCUUCACAAUUCUCACAAAUGCUCACCAAAUGGGCCGAUUCUUGGAAGUUCACCGACUUAACUCUCAACCAGGAUGGCGAUUUAUGGCAGCAGGGUUGGUCUGCCAAUUCUCAACCCAGGCCUAUUAGAAGAGUGCGAGAAAAUGAAGACAUCCCGCAUAAUGGACCAGCGGGGGUUCGCACAUGGGCAGAGUCCUGGAGGUCAACGAGACAUCAGCAUCUUCUGGAAAGACAAGCGACAAGUGCAUCUACCCAACCGGUCUGUCACCUUACAUAUGCACGAUGCGUUGCAGACUGGGAAAAAUCAUGGAAGUCAUCAACUCAUCUGCGUCGUCAUGAUAGACCCUCCAUGACGGCAUGGACUGAUUCUUGGAGGUUCUCCAGCUUUGAGGAUCUCCAACGUGAGCAUGCAUGGUUUGAGAGAUCAAAGGAAAUCAAAGGCAGAAAGGAACUUUGCAGAGCAUCAAAUGCAUUUAGCAGAUCAUUUGAUUCUCAGACAUUCAAAGAACGAUAUCCUGCGGAUGAGUGGAAUGACUCCUGGAGGGUUAAGAAGAGGUUUGAUGGUCCAGGACUUGCGCAACUGAUGAAAAACGAAGUGCUAAAUUGGGAUAACUCUUGGAUGUUGACCAGCACAGAGUUUUAUCAAAAACAAGGUGAAUGUUAUUUGAAUUCUCACCUGACGUCUGAUGUCAAGAGCCAUGCGAUGCUCAAAUCAGUGCAGAUCGAGAGCUGGUCAGAUUGGGGUCGAUCGUGGAAGAUGUCAAACCCACAACCACCAAAGAACAUCGCCUCGUGGGUUGAUGCAAAGCCAAGAUCAUUCAAUGCACAAGACCUGAUUCUUUGGUCCAAACACAAAUGCAUCUAUAAUUUACCUUCUGCUUCGCUCAGAGACUUAAAGCUGAAAAUGUGGAGCAAGUCCUGGAGGUUCAUGACGAUAGACCUUGACUCACAACAAAGGAAGGAUGAGGAUAAAUCUGUAAUAAUGUCAAAGACUAUAAAGAUAAGAAAGCAUAUGUACUCGGAUAUAGAUCAGCUGAAACCACAAAUGAAGAGAUGGAGUGAUGCAUGUAAAAUAGCAAAGAUGCAACCACAAGCAAAGCGUAACGUUCAAUCCAAAUCUGACAACAUGGAAGAUGAAGAUGAAGAAAUGUUUGCAGAUUGGAUGGAAUCUUGGAAAUUCUCAAAUGAUUUAAAAACUUGUGAGCCUGCAAAUGUAUCUCUGAGCAAUUGGAAAAAGUCUUGGAAGUUUCUCCUUGAUCCGAAUGUAACUAUCAACGGCCCAAAAACUAGCAAGAAUCGAUGAGGAUUACAUACUUUGCAGGUUUGUACCUGAAUAGAAAACUGUGUCUGACAGACACAAAUCAUCUUUCAAGAAUGCAGCCCAGUUAUGGAUAUUGUCAGUAAGUAAUGAGCAGAAGGCGUUUCACUGGCUAUUGUUUAUGCUGCACAAAUUAAACUACUAAAUAAUGUGCUGACAAUCGUCU